UUUGCCAUCAGCCGUCAUAUGUACAUCAUAUGCGCGCAAAAUUCAAGUAUCAUUCUGAUAUUACCGCUGCUUUGGUAACUGCACCUAACACCACUGUUUCCCAUCAAGACCCCCAAAUCCACCUUCACAGGCAAACAUCAUUCCUCUGCUCAGGCGCAACCUCCCUACCUAUAUACCCUCAACCUUUAACAUGUCCUUUUUCUGCCACUACCAAUCCCACCUCCCUCUAACCCAAACGGACCACGAACCCUCACCUCUCACCGGAGCCCUCGAACAGGCACGAGAAGCAGCCCACUCAGCACGAGACAUGGCAGUACAAGCACAAAAUGCAACCGAAGAUGCCAAAAAGAACUAUGAUAAAUCAGAAGAUGACUUCCACGAAGCAUUUCGAAGGUAUACCGAAGCACGGGAGAGACUAGAUGACGCUUUAGAAAAGUCAACUGAGUCGGCGAGGAGGUUCACUGAGGCGUUGGAGAGGUAUGAGGCAGUAUUUGAGAGGGUGAGGCGAUAACCAUACAUGUCAUGGAUAUGGAAGGUGGAAGUGGAAGGAUUAUAGCUCGUAGACUUCUUCUUGUUGAGUUCUGUUCCUUUCUGUCAGAUUGAUGCAAGUAGCAUCAUGAUGUAUGAACUCUGAAUAGACAACGAAAGCAGAAUACUAGAUAAUGAUCAAUAAUACGUCGCCAGGAGCUCAAUCUUCUUGACUACUUCCUCUCCACUCUUGUUGAACAUCGACAAUGUCAAUUUACUCCCGGAUUGGGUGCCCUUAUACCAGUAAUAAGUCGUCUCCCUUUCCCCAUAAAAGAACUCCAUCUCCUUCUCCCCCGCCGACGUGAUAACCGCCUUAUCAACAGUCCCCUGCGCAAAGGAAUUGGCUUUUUCCUGUCCGGCCGCAUCCUUAGUCCAUUGGUGAA